AUGGGUGUUGACUCGUCCAGAGGCGGGAUAAUCGGCUUUUUUGUCCGUAUGCACCAGGCGUACCUGGACAGGCUGUCCAGCUACGUGUUCAUCAGGUGGUUCUACAUCUCGUUCAUGACCUUCAUCUUCUGGCACCACGUGAUUGAGUACGGAAUGCACUACGUGGUCGCGUACAUGUACGCGGUGUACCUGCUGAACCUGCUGAUCAGGUUCAUCACUCCGCUGGACUUCGACGACCUCUGCAAGGCGCACGAGGCGGAGCACGGGGGCACCAUCCUGCCGUCCAACGAGAACAAGACCGCCAACAUCACCCUCGAGCGUAUGAAGAACAGGGAGAACAUCUACGAGUUCAGGCCGUUUUUGCGCCAGAUGAACGAGUUCACCUUCUGGCUGUCCGCGACGAGGGCGACGCACGCGGCCCUGUUCUGCUCCAUGUUCGAGUUCCUGGACGUGCCCGUGUUCUGGCCGCUGCUGGUGUUCUACUUCGUGCUGCUGUUCGCCACCACGAUGCGCGAGCAGCUGCGCAACAUGAUCAAGUACAAGUACAUCCCGUUCGACUUCGGCAAGAAAUCGUACGGCACCAUCACGCGCCAGCGUAAGUAG